AUGAAGAACACAGAAAAUAAAGUCGCUACUUUUGAGUACAAUGUUGGUAUUGAAGAAGGUUCUGUCGAAGUUGUGGAGGUCUUCAAGGAAGAACAACGUCUUGAGAAGCGCCUAGAGCAACGUCAUAUACAGAUGAUUGCUCUGGUAGGAGUUAUUGGAACAGGCCUCUUCCUAUCAAGUGGAUCUUCUUUACAGAAGGCAGGUCCUCUUGGAAUGCUUCUGUCAUACUUGACGAUAGCUAUAAUAGUCUCAUUGAACCAACUAGCAAUGGCAGAAACGGCUGCUUUAAUGCCAUCUACUGCUAGCAGCAUACGACAAGCGCAGCACUUUAUUGAUCCAGCAAUGUCGUUUGCCUAUGGAUGGCUGCAAAUGUGGUCUAUAAUUGUACCUUCAGAACUUGUCGCCACCGCCGUAAUUGUAAGCUACUGGACCGACCUGAGUUCAGGAAUAUGGUUGACGGUCUUCAUAGUUCUUUCAGUAUUGUCCAACUGUUGGUCAGUUAGAGUCUAUGGUGAGCUGGAAUUCUUUUUUGCCAUUUUAAAAAUUCUGCUCAUUUUGGGAUUGAUUUUAGCAGGAUUGGUACUAGAUUUGGGAGGUGUACCUGGACAGCCUCGAUUGGGGUUUCAUUACUGGAAGGACCCGGGGGUUUUUGCUUCUUUCAUGAAGCCAGGAAGUGCUGGCAAAGCCAUUGGAUUCUUUAGCGUACUCAACAGUGCUGUAUACUCUUUUGGCGGCGUCCAAAAUAUUGCGUACUUGAGUGGAGAAACCAAAAAUCCUAGACGUAAUAUUCCUAAGGCAGCCAAACGUAUUUUAUACAGAGUGGUUUCCUUUUAUAUGAUUACGCUUUUCAUAAUGUCUCUGAUAGUCCCUUACAACGAUCCAAGAAUUUCAAACGGCUCAGGAAAUGCCUCUGGAAGUCCUUUUGUAGUUGCGUUCGAACAAGCCGGAAUCAAGGCUUUGCCCAGUAUCGUCAAUGCAAUUGUCCUCACGUCAGCCUGGUCAGCAGCAAAUACUGGUUUAGUUGCAGGAUCCAGAACUCUAUUCUCUUUGGCAAACAACGGGCAAGCGCCAAAGAUAUUUUUGAGGACAAAUAAGAGAGGAUUGCCUUGGGUUGGAACAAUUGUCACCGCAUUGUUUAUGCCACUUUCAUAUAUGACGCUAGGGAGCUCAUCAUCGAUAGUAUUUGGCUAUUUGGUGAACGUAACUUCAUCGAUAUUGCUGAUUAACUGGAUUCUGAUCAGCGCUAUUCACUAUAGGCUAAAUCGUGCACUCGAAGUUCAAGGCUAUUCUCGGUCAGACCUACCAUUUCACAUCAGAGGGGGAAAAGCUCUAGGUUUGAUCUCGGGUAUUAGUUCUUCUCUUCUUUUGCUAAUUGGAGGUUUCACUAUUUUCAUAAAAUGGGACACUGCAGACUUUGUCAGCGCAUAUGUAACUAUUCCCUUAUUUGUUGGCUUUUUUACGUUUUGGAAGCUCUUCAAGAAAACAAAAUGGAUCAGAUAUGAAGAUAUUGAUCUCAAAUCCCUGUUUCAGGAUGUUGAGCUGAAUCCAGAGCCUCCAGAGGAGCCAUUAAGGGGUUGGAAGAGGCUGCAAUUCUUAUGGGCCUAA